GCAUAUAAGGCCGGCUGCGGGGGGGCGGGGGCACGAUCGGCCCCUUCGCGUCGCGCAGGGACAGAGCUGGGGACUCUGUGCCUGGCCAGGCGAAGAGAGCGAGAGCGCGGCUCCCGGAGGCGGUGUGCGCCCGGCUGUCACCAUGAGCGACCAGGCUUUGAGCUUCUUGAAGGACUUCUUGGCUGGCGGCGUCGCCGCUGCCAUCUCCAAGACCGCGGUUGCCCCCAUCGAGAGGGUCAAACUGCUGCUGCAGGUCCAGCAUGCCAGCCAACAGAUCAGUGCUGAGAAGCAAUACAAAGGGAUCAUUGAUUGCGUGGUGAGAAUCCCCAAGGAGCAGGGCGUUCUCUCCUUCUGGAGGGGUAACCUGGCCAACGUGAUCCGUUACUUCCCCACCCAAGCUCUCAACUUCGCCUUCAAGGACAAGUACAAGCAGAUCUUCCUGGGGGGCGUGGACCGGCAUAAGCAGUUCUGGCGCUACUUUGCCGGUAACCUGGCUUCCGGUGGGGCAGCUGGGGCCACCUCUCUCUGCUUUGUCUACCCGCUGGACUUUGCUAGGACCAGAUUGGCCGCCGACGUGGGCAAGGGUGCUGCCCAGCGUGAGUUCACUGGUCUGGGCAACUGUCUCACCAAGAUCUUCAAGUCUGAUGGCCUGAGGGGUCUCUACCAGGGUUUCAAUGUCUCUGUCCAGGGCAUCAUUAUCUACAGAGCCGCCUACUUUGGAGUCUAUGACACGGCCAAGGGGAUGUUGCCUGACCCCAAGAAUGUGCACAUUAUCGUGAGCUGGAUGAUUGCCCAGACUGUGACGGCAGUCGCAGGGCUGGUGUCCUACCCUUUUGACACUGUCCGCCGUAGGAUGAUGAUGCAGUCUGGUCGGAAAGGGGCGGAUAUUAUGUACUCUGGGACAGUGGACUGCUGGAGGAAGAUUGCAAAAGACGAAGGACCCAAGGCUUUCUUCAAAGGCGCCUGGUCCAAUGUGUUGAGAGGCAUGGGCGGUGCUUUUGUAUUGGUAUUGUAUGAUGAGAUCAAAAAAUAUGUCUGAUGUAAUUAAAACUCAAGUUCAUUGGUUCCAGA